AUGGAGGAGGAUUUCUCAAGUGUUCCAAUUCUCAAUUGGUUUGAUUCUGACGACCUUUUGGAUGAGACCACAGUGGAUUAUGGAGAGCACUUCACAUUGGACGGCAGCGAGGUAGAGAUGUUCAGUACGGAACCAUAUCUUCGUAUACGACACAAAUGCUUUACAAUGGAAAGAGAGGACUUUGUAGAUUUGGCAAAUUUCGUUGAAGACCCCAUGGGAAUUAUUCAUGUCGGACAUAUUGUUUUAACUCAUCAAGGAUACAAAAUUAAUCCCAUGCAACUUCAAGCUUAA